AUUAGAGAGUUAGAGAGGAAAAACUCCUGUAGAAAUUUGUACUUAGAACUUUUUGCUUUGCUUUAGUCAAACUCAAUAACCCCUUUCUCUUCUUUCCUUAAACCCUUUUUCCAGCUUCUUGUAUACUCCUCACACUUGAUCUUUUAUUAAAGAUUGUGUUUUUAUGGUAAAUCUUGAAUUUACAGAGCACUGAAGAAGAAAUCCUGUAGAAAUUUGUAAUUUUUUACAACCCCUUUUUGAAAUUUUAGUAUACUCUUCAUAUUCUUGUUUCUUUUGUUAAAGAUUAUGUUUUUAGAUAAAUCCUUAAAUUUGAGAGCAAAUGAAGAACAACUCAUUUAGAAAGUUGUGAUUUUUUCUUCUUUUGUCAGAUUUGAAGUUCUAUCUUCCAUUAUUUUUUAAAGUGAAAGUUUUUUUUUUCCCACAUAAAAAGAUUUUUUGGUGUUGGAAGUGAUGGUGAGAAAACAUGGAUGGAAGCUACCAGCACACACCUUUCAGGUUGUUGCUAUAACUGUAUUUUGCUUUUUGGUGGUUGCCUUCUAUGCUUUCUUCUCUCCUUUCCUUGGAGGACAAAUUUGGGAGUAUGCUCUGAUUGCAGUGUAUUCGCCAGUGGCAUUGCUUGUUUUUGUUCUUUAUGUUCGUUGUACUGCAAUCAACCCUGCAGAUCCUGGCAUAAUGUCUAUAUUUGACUCUGAACGAGUGAAUAAUGCUAACUCAAAACACAGAUUGUCUGCAAGAAAGUUGUCUGGAAAGUUUGAUGAACUUAGUAAUGAUGCACGUUCUUCUCUAUCAUCAGUUUCUAGAAGUUCUAUUGCCGUUACCAACUCCAUCAAGAAAGAUCAACUAGAAACUGAAAUAUCUGAUAAUCUGGUGGUUUCUUCUAGUAGAAAGUCAUCGUGCUGUAAAAUCGGAGGAGUCCUUUGUUUUUUAUUUGUAUAUGAAGAUUGCUGCAAACAAGGGGGAUUUUCUCAGGAAAAAGAGAAUGGUGAAGAUGCUUUGUAUUGCACAUUGUGCAAUGCCAAGGUCUGCAAGUUCAGUAAACAUUGUCGAAGCUGUGAUAAAUGUGUGGAUGGAUUUGAUCAUCAUUGUCGGUGGCUCAACAAUUGUGUAGGGAGGAAAAACUAUGCUUCUUUUAUAUCAUUGAUGGUUUCCAGCCUGGUCUGGCUUGUUAUUGAAGCUGGAGUUGGAAUUGCUGUUCUAGUACGAUGCUUUGUGAACAAAAAGAAUAUGGAGGCUGAAAUAGUUGAUCGACUAGGGAAUGGUUUCUCUCAAGCCCCAUUUGCAACUGUUGUGGUUGUAUGUACAGCCGUUUCAUUGCUGGCUUGUUUUCCUCUGGGGGAGCUUUUCUUUUUCCAUAUGAUACUGAUAAGAAAGGGCAUUACAACGUACGAGUAUGUUGUAGCUAUGAGGGCCAUGAGCGAGGCACCCGGGGAAGAGUUUGUAGAUGAAGAACAUCCUAACAUUGUAUACUCUCCUUCAGGAUCAGCUACGACUGGCUUCAGCGGUGGAAGUUCUUUGGGCUUGCAGUACAAAGGUGCAUGGUGCACCCCUCCUAGGGUGUUCGUUGAUUAUCAGGAAGAAGUUGCUCCUCAGUUAGAGCCAAGAACGGUCCCAUCUACAGUUGAUCCGGAUGCAGCUAGGCUCGGAGAAAAGGGAAACAAGGGACCUAAACGAGCUGUUAAGAUCAGUGCAUGGAAGCUUGCCAAAUUGGGCUCAAAUGAAGCCAUGAGAGCUGCAGCAAAAGCCAGAGCAUCGUCAUCUGUUCUACGUCCUAUAGACAAUCAUCGCUUUGAUCCUGAACUGAGUUUCAGUGAUAGUAUGAGUGUCAGAAGCAUUAUCAGCGCUGAGACCGGUGGAAAUAAAAGUAUGAGAAACGAAUUGGGAAAUUCAUUUGCUCAUAGUCAAGGUACCCGAGACGAGUUUGAAACUAGCACCUGUAGUGUCAGCAGUUUGAGUAGUCCAAAAAGCCAUGUUCAUGAGUCAGUCGCAGUAAGCCCUUUCCGACAAGUUCACAGUUUUGGCCAUCUUAACACCGGUAUAGAACCAGAAAAGGCCCGAGUUUCUAGAGACGCAUUCCCAGAUAACGUCUAUCAAUUGUCGCAGUCUUCUUCAGAGUUUGAUGAGAAGAUCAUGCAGAGGAAUAGUGUAUCUGAUCCUGCAACUUCUCUGCUCAGAGAUGUUAAACGAACAUCUGUAGUCUGGGACCAAGAAGCUGGAAGGUAUGUGUCUGUCGUGGUCUCAGCUUCUGAAGCUUGUACAAGGCCAUCCUCGCAAGUAGAAUUAUUGAAUCCAAAUGCAGGAUCAGAUAUCAAUGACAAGAGGCCAGCCCUUCUCCCUCAAGAACCUUCACAGGCUCCAGCAAAGCCUUUAGUCAGCCAGUCAGAAAAGCUAAUGUAUAGUGGAGAGUCUAUAUUCUUUGGUGGUCCACUUUUGCGCGGUCCAACUAAGGAUGGUUUGAAAAACGAAAGAGGCUCGGGUUCAAGAGAUGUCCAAGAGAGAUUACCAUUUAAUUUGACUCGGGAAUCCAGGUUUAAAAGGGACGCUGGCUCGCACCAACUUCCUGUGUUUGUUCCUGAUGAUUUUUUGCCAAAUAUUUCAUCUGGAACUGCUCAAAGUAGCUCUAGGCAGGGCUGAUGAUGUGAUAUUCACUUUGCAUUCUCCAGCCAUGCAUAGCAAGGGUUGAACAGAAGAAACCUCUUGAAUGAGCUGUCAUUGAACCUCCAGGAACCUUGCAGCUGCUCGGGUACUCGAUUAAAAUGUUUCUUCUAAUAAAAACUUACCCGCACCCAAUAUUUAUGCCAAAUUAAUGAAUGCAAAACAUGUCUCUUCCAUACAAACACGGUUAAGUGAUAUGUAUUGCGUUAAAUUGUUUGGUGUAAACAUCUGAUGAUGCAGAUAUGUAUUUAUCAUUUCUUCUCGAUCAAUUGCCCAUCUUAACACAACAAUAAUUGUAUGUUGUGGAUGGAAACAUUCUUUGGUAGCUUAGAGCCUCCUAAUCUUACAAUUUUGCAAUGACAACCACACCAAACUUGUACUUGUAU